AUGGGAACUCAAGCAACAGGAACUCAAGCAGCAGAAGCUCAAGUAACGGGAAUUCAAGCAAUGGGAACUCAAUCAACAGGGACUCAAGCAACACAAACUCGAGCAAUGGGAACUCAAGCAACAGACACUCAAGCAACAGAAAUUCAGGCAAUGUUAACUCAAGCGAUGUUAACUCAAGCAAUGGGAACUCGAGCAACAGAAACUCAAGCAACAGAGGCUCAAGUAAUGGGAAUUCAAGCAAUGGGAACUCAAUCAACAGGGACUCAAGCAACAGAAACUCGAGCAAUGGGAACUCAAGCAACAGGAACUCAAGCAGCAGAAGCUCAAGUAACGGGGAUUCAAGCAAUGGGAACUCAAUCAACAGGGACUCAAGCAACAGAAACUCGAGCAAUGGGAACUCAAGCAACAGACACUCAAGCAACAGUAACUCGGGCAAUGUUAACUCAAGCAAUGUUAACUCAAGCAAUGGGAACUCGAGCAACAGAAACUCAAGCAACAGAAGCUCAAGUAACGGGAAUUCAAGCAAUGGGAACUCAAUCAACAGGGACUCAAGCAACAGAAACUCGAGCAAUGGGAACUCAAGCAACAGGAACUCAAGCAGCAGAAGCUCAAGUAACGGGAAUUCAAGCAAUGGGAACUCAAUCAACAGGGACUCAAGCAACAGAAACUCGAGCAAUGGGAACUCAAGCAACAGACACUCAAGCAACAGAAACUCGAGCAAUGUUAACUCAAGCAAUGUUAGGUCAAGCAAUGGGGACUCGAGCAACAGAAACUCAAGCAACAGAAGCCCAAGUAACGGGAAUUCAAGCAAUGGGAACUCAAUCAAUAGGGACUCAAGCAACAGAAACUCGAGCAAUGGGAACUCAAGCAAGAGAAACUCAAGCAGCAGAAGCUCAAGUAACGGGAAUUCAAGCAAUGGGAACUCAAUCAACAGGGACUCAAGCAACAGAAACUCGGUCAAUGGGAACUCAAGCAACAGACACUCAAGCAACAGAAACUCAGGCAUUGUUAACUCAAGCAAUGUUAACUCAAGCAAUGGGAACUCGAGCAACAGAAACUCAUGCAACAGAAGCUCAAGUAAUGGGAAUUCAAGCAAUGGGAACUCAAUCAAUAGGGACUCAAGCAACAGAAACUCGAGCAAUGGGAACUCAAGCAACAGGAACUCAAGCAGCAGAAGCUCAAGUAACGGGAAUUCAAGCAAUGGGAACUCAAUCAACAGGGACUCAAGCAACAGAAACUCGAGCAAUGGGAACUCAAGCAACAGGAACUCAAGCAGCAGAAGCUCAAGUAACGGGAAUUCAAGCAAUGGGAACUCAAUCAACAGGGACUCGAGCAACAGAAACUCGAGCAGCUGAAGCUCAAGUAACGGGAAUUCAAGCAAUGGGAACUCAAUCAACAGGGACUCAAGCAACAGAAACUCGAGCAAUGGGAACUCAAGCAACAGACACUCAAGCAAAAGAAACUCAGGCAAUGUUAAAUCAAACAAUGUUGACUCAAGCAAUGGGAACUCGAGCAACAGAAACUCAAGCAACAGAAGCUCAAGUAACGGGAAUUCUAGCAAUGGGAACUCAAUCAACAGGGACUCAAGCAACAGAAACUCGAGCAAUGGGAACUCAAGCAACAGACACUCGAGCAACAGAAACUCAGGCAAUGUUAACUCAAGCAAUGUUAUCUCAAGCAAUGGGAACUCGAGCAACAGAAACUCAAGCAACAGAGGUUCAAGUAACGGGAAUUCAAGCAAUGGGAACUCAAUCAACAGGGACUCAAGCAACAGAAACUCGACCAAUGGGAACUCAAGCAACAGAAACUCAAGCAGCAGAAGCUCAAGUAACGGGAAUUCAAGCAAUGGGAACUUAA